AUGGCUGUCAUAGGAGGAGGGCUCGGCAUCGCUCCCAACGGCAUGCGUAUGAUUCGAGCUCUUAACACUGGAGUACAUCGCGCAGCUAUUGCUCAGGGCUAUGCCGUCGCACGCUUCCAGUUCAAUAAUGCCCGGGGCUGGACAAUUGGUUCGAUCCCAACGGUCGAUCUCAGACGUGAGCCUGAGAUAAUGGUUAUGAGUAGGAGACAAGGAAUAUGGGAAUGUUUCAGAGACGAAGUUCCAGAUGAAGUCCUGGUGCGCAAGAAAGUCGCCGUGGUCGGCAGAUCUCCUGCUGGGAAGCCUGUGUUGCGAUUCGAGGACGGCAGUGAGGAGCAGUUUGACUUAGUUAUCGGGGCUGACGGGAUCAAGAGCGUCGUCAAAGAAGCCGUGGUCGGAGACAUAUAUCCACCAAUCUAUACCGGCUUCUAUUCUGUGGGGGGCUUCAUGUCUUCGAAAUGGCUCCCACAACUCCCGCCGGAAAACGCAGACCUGAGGCCUCUGAAGAGCCAGGUUGUUAUGGCAUUCGGCCCCGACGGCUUUUUUGGCUAUGGGCCGUUCUGCGCCGCCUCAGAGAGUGUCUGGUCAGACGAGUAUAUUACCCAGAACAAAACACGCCCAUAUGGAAGCCAGGGAAUGUGGUGGUCACGAGCUCAGCGAGAUGACCGCGACACCAAAAACAUUGAUGACGCGACUGUACGUCAAGAGCUGCAACGGCGGCAGGGAAUGAGCAAGGACCCAGUUAUUCAACACCUGAUCAACGAAGCAGACAUUGAGCUCAAGAUUGCAACCUGGGUAACACCAAAGCUCCCGACCUGGGCAUCUGACAGAGUGAUUUUGGUUGGAGAUGCGGCCCAUGCUCUUCCAUCUUCAUCAGGACAAGGAGCGUCGCCUGCUCUUGAGGAUGCAUAUACCAUCACAUUUUUACUGAGACAUUUCCUCUCUCUGGCUUAUGACUCCAGAUCGAGAACAAUGACCGAAGAAAACGCCAUCAGACUCGCCUCAGAACAGUAUUGUGAGAUUCGCAAACCGCAUGUCGAAGCCAUCCUUGAUGGAGCCAUCAAAAUCGAGAUGAGAAGAAGCACAGCGGGGAUCUUGACCGAAUACGCGAUGUAUACCGCGAUGUGGAUCAUGUGCAAGUUCUUUCCUGGGUUCAUGACCAGGCAAAUUUCCCAGUAUUCCCUAGAAGAUGAAGUCAAUAAGGUCAUUCGUUCUGUGACUUGA